CGUCGUCGCCCCCGUGCUGACUCCCGCCGGGGGCGCUCCCACUGACCGUUGAGCGGCCUGCGAAAUCCGUCCCUAACGACCCUACCCCCUCCGCCAACCGUUCUUGCGGUGGCGACUCAUGUGGGGGUUCGGGCUCCUGCGGUCGCCGCAGCUGCUGCUUUUGCUGCCGCAUCUCGGAAUCGCCGCCUCACGCUCUCAGUCCGGAACCAUGAACUUGGAAGGCAGCAGCUCUGCGAGAUGCUCCCCCUCCGCGGAGGGGCGUCGGCACCGGUGCCUGCAGUUGUCCACAGUGCCGGGAGCCGAUCCACAGCGCAGCAACGAGCUGCUCCUGCUGGUGGCGGCGGAGGUGGAGGGACCUGAACGGCGGGAUCUCUCUGGAGACCGGGCGGAGGAGGAGCUGCAACCGCCGCCCCAGCAUCACGUUCUCUAUUUCCCCGGGGAUGUGCAGAAUUAUCAUGAAAUUAUGACUCAUCAUCCUGAGAAUUAUCAGUGGGAAAACUGGAGUCUAGAAAAUGUUGCCACCAUUUUAGCUCAUCGGUUCCCCAAUAGUUAUAUUUGGGUGAUAAAGUGUUCCCGAAUGCAUUUGCACAAAUUCAGCUGCUAUGACAAUUUUGUGAAAAGUAAUAUGUUUGGUGCUCCAGAACACAAUACUGACUUUGGAGCUUUUAAGCACCUUUAUAUGUUAUUAGUUAAUGCUUUUAACUUAAGUCAGAACAGUUUGCUAUCAAAGAAGAAUGUGAAAGAUUUGAAUGAGGACUCCAAAGCAUCUAAUUGUAGAUCUAGUUCUUCUCAUACUACUAAUGGUUGCCAGGGAGAAAAAGAGAGCCCCUGUGAAAACUUUGAUGAGUCUGCCAUGAGUUUUUAUCCACCAUCACUAAAUGGUGCUUCUUUUACUUUGAUUGGAUUCAGUAAAGGUUGUGUUGUUUUGAAUCAGUUGCUUUUUGAAUUGAAAGAAGCUAAGAAAGACAAGAACAUACAUGCUUUUAUCAACAGCAUAAGAACGAUGUACUGGCUGGAUGGCGGUCAUUCUGGAGGAAGCAAUACUUGGAUUACUUAUCCAGAAGUCUUGAAAGAAUUUGCGCAAACAGGGAUUAUUGUUCACACCCAUGUAACACCUUACCAAGUACGUGAUCCAAUGAGAUCUUGGAUUGGAAAGGAGCACAAGAAAUUUGUUCAGAUACUUGAAGACUUUGGUAUGCAGGUGUCUAGCCACAUACAUUUUGCAAAGGAAGCUCCUUCCAUAGAGAAUCAUUUCAGGGUUCAUGAAGUAUUUUGAGACUACAAAAAUAUUAAUGUACUUGUUCAGUGGAAAAGAAGAAGCACUUUGAGUUUUAUAAAUUCAGAUGACGUGUAACUCACAGAUAAUGCAUCCAUUUUGGGUGGGAGGGAACACACAUUCCUAAAAUACAAGUGUAAUGUGCAAUAGUACUUCUUGCUUCUGAAUGUGAACCGUUUUUAAUUUGGACUGGGUUAGAGUUAGUUCAUUUGGCAACUAAAAGGUGGUUUGUGAUAAUCCUAUGAAAGCUACAAGACCCUUAAUAAUGAAAGUUACAAUAGAGUCCUUAUAAAGGGUAAUUAAAGUUGUUAUUGUUGGAAAUAGUUUAUUUUCUGAGUGACGUUUAAAACUAAUUUUGGUGGCACAGUAUUACCAAUUAAACAGUAAUUACCAAUUUUGGCACUGAAAACUUUUGAGUAGAAACACACCAUUUCUCUUCAAACAAAGCAAAGGCACACAGAUAUUUUCCAUCAUUUUGGAAUAACUGUACCCUGCCUCGAUGUUUUGUAAACUCAUGGAAUCAUUCUUUAGUGUGCCACCAAGUGUUUUUUCUCAGGAGUCAAAAUAUAGUUGUUUCCAAAUAUCCUAGAACAUGCAGUAGUGUAAAGUUGGUUUUUAAAAACAUUGCACUUAAGCACUGUGGCUAAAUUUUUAAUUGACAACUUUUGGCUAAGACAUUUUGGAGUUUCUUAAAUCUUGGCCAAAAACCAGUUCUUUUGGGAAAAAUUGUUUUAAAAUGAACAUAAUUAUGUAAAUUGGGUAAAAAUAUAUUACAGAUUGAAAAUUUUUUCAUAUCAGUCUCUUGAGAUCAGUUUAGGUAAAAUAAAUAUAUAAUACUCUAUUUGUUAGUGCUCUGUUGACAAGGGGACAGAUUCUAUAGAUCUAAGUCAGCGUUUCUCCAGAAGCAGGAUUUUGUCUGCCAAAGAAAGCAGCUUCCUUUGGCCAGAAUGCAAAAAUUAUAUUGCUAUAGGAAAAGUUAUAAGGGAAAAGUUUAAAGACAUGAUUUAAUUUUGGCUCAAAAACUGCAUUUGCUUAACACUGCUACAUAAUUUGGGUGAGGUUUCCUUCUGCCUGUUUUUCUUGACCUAGAUAAAUACUUUUUGAGAAACCGAGAUCUAACUAAUGUCAACCAACAUUGAACAUAGCUGUGUGAUUAAAGUGAAAGGUGAGUGGUCACUUUUUAAUUUAUUUAUAAUUAGCUUUUGCAGGACAUGAAAUAAAGCAG